GCUGAAAGGUUGUUCUCUGCUGGGCAGCGUGGCGAGAGGAGAAACCGGCGGUACGCUCUCAUUCAUUUUCAAAAUUCGCCCAAAACCACGAACACAUUUCAAGAUGCCUUGCCGAAAAGAAAACUAUAUUCUUCUGGAGCAGUCUGUUACGGUGGAUUCGAAGGAGGUGGAUGCUCUCGUUACGAAAAUCGGCGAAGCUUUGCAGCUACACAACAAUAGCGCAAACCAAAAGACUAUGUCAUGUCUCCACGGUCUCACCAGCAACGGCGGUAGCAACGUCAAACAGACCAAUAACAACAACAGUGCGGCCCAGACACGGCGCACCGGGUGCUGUAUACGACUUCGCAGCCGGGCUGUUCGUAGCAGAGCAAGUCCAUACAACAUCCCUGGAUCAAGUGAUCAGGAAUGGGACCAUUAUAAAAGGUGGAAUCGAAAACGGACUGGUGCCGCCGAUGAGGAUGACCCCCAUCAAUUACUGCAGGAAUUAAUUUUGUCUGGAAAUUUGAUCAAAGAGGCCGUCAGACGACUUCAGUUUUCUUCAACGGAACUGGGUGAAUGUUCAAAAACAAUUGACAACCAACAGUGCUAGUCGAGGACUAACAAAACGGCAAACAUUAACAUUCGCAAUGGAAUGUGACGUCCCCAUGAUGCUGACGAAAAUACAUUUAUUUUUGUUGCCCUAUUUUGUCUGAGAGCAUUGGACUUUACCAGGUCAGUUUAUUAAAAACGUGUCAAUGAGCUAAAGAACCAGUUGGCUAAAUGGUGUCUUUGAAAUAAAUUUAUUUCCGUUCCCCUUCUUGUAAAAUCUGGGAGUGGAUCCCAGUUCAGCAUUUGAAGACUAAAUGUCUAAAUCAGAUGAUAAAUCUGGACACGUGGGCUCAUUUUUUUCAGAUAUUAAACUGCCUGGACUCUUGCUAGCUGGAAGCUGACAUUCAAUCUUUGUUGUCGUGGCUACUCCCAGCUAGCUACCUCUUCUAGCAUUUUCGGGGAACACAUGGUAACAACAGGAAGCAAACAUUGCCAUCUGAACUGUGGAUAAACGGGGUAACCUCACCAAGAUCUUGUUUGUUUAAUCCCGAAGCUGAUAUGUCUGUGGGGGUUCAUUGCUGCCACACCUGAGGUCGAUCACUGGCUUUUACCUCUCUGCCAUGCCUGGCCCUGUACGUGCCCAUGUGGGCUUUGGCUGUUGUAGAAAUGCCUUGAUCAAUGGACAUCUUCACAGUGUUCAUUCAAAGACCAAUUCAGCUUGUUGGGUGAUGUCUGGGUUGUGCGGGUUUUCUUCCUUUUCUUUUUCUGUUUUGUGUCUCCUAACGCCAAUUCUGAUCAGUUUAAAAUGAGCAUGAACAACUACAAGGGGAUGUCAUCAGUAGGAUGAACACACUGGUGCUUUUUUCGGAUUCCAGGUGGAAUUCGCUUUCUCUCCCCCUUCACAUUAUGUAUGCUUCGCAACGAAGUCUCUUUUUUUGUAUUCCUGAUUUUUCAAGGAUUUGGUGUCUUUAAUAAACACGGUGUUUUUGCAAACUCUG